AUGAACGACAAAAAUGCCACUUUUUGUGACAGCUGGAGUGGACUAACAAUCGACGACACGGUCUCCUACAUCAACAGCAUUCUCCUUGCUACUGCCAACGCUCCUUGUGCCAUUUUUGCUUUCCUUAGUAACCUUGCUGUUAUUGUUACUGUCGCCAGGAACUCCUCCUUGCAGAGACCCAGCAACAUCUUACUGUGUAGCCUGGCCUUCACGGAUUUUCUUACAGCUGUCACUGCUCAGCCAAUGUUUAUUGUAUGGCGACUUGUCCUUCCAAAUUCUAAAGAGCCGUGUUCAAACCAGCUAUUGAUAUUUUACUUAUACUACAUUUCCUAUGUGUUUACAGCUGGUUUGUCUUUCUUGAACGUCACAAUUAUGAGUUUUGAUCGCCAUUAUGCUGUGUCCAAUCCUCUCGUAUAUAUGGCUGAAGCCUCUAAGGAAGGUAGGUUUCUCCACUGAUAAUAAGACAUGGAAGUCACCAAAAGCGCCAUCUUUAAUUUAUAGCUGUCAGAACAGGGCGUCCGCAGAGCAUUAUCACAUGACCGUGUCGUAAGCUCAAAAAGCUCACAACUCAUCUAAAAGUCAUGUUUUUUUUUAAGUUGCCCGCUAUUGUAAAUCAAUGACCACUUGACUAGAAGAAAAUCCACAGUCAAAAAUAACAAAAAUAAUAAUCAAAAUGACUAAAAUGAAUUCCUAAUUACUAUCAGCUGAAGUAAUGACAGUAUCAGUGAGAUAACAAUUAAAAACAUUUUUUUAUUUUGAAUUUCUGUGCAAUUAGAUUCCAAGUCUAUUACGGUUAGGGGCUCUGAGAGGCCAGCGGCACAUACCCAGCAAAAAUUUACCCAAGUACCUCCCCCGGGGCGAAGCCACGAGCAGCGCGUUGCGCGGGCCUCAGUCCAAGCAAGCUUGAUGCUCGUGGCUUCGCCGCUCGUAUACUCACAUAUCAAGCUCGCUCAUAGAUUUUCGAGCAAAUGAAAGUCUGCUCGCGGUCUACAAUAGGUGCUAAAACACUAAGCUCUUAUUGUUUUAAUCAGGUGCUAUAAAGAAAGUCACCUUCGCGGGAGUGGUCUGGCUCAUAUUCACAGCCUUGAAUAUUUUGGUUUUGCCACCUUUUGUCAGAGGUCUUUCCAUCAGCAUCUGGGGUGCGGUGUUUUUUGUUGCCCCGCCCAUCAAUUACGUCAGAACAUGGCUCGCAAUUGUCCAUCACAAUAGACAGGUGGCUGAAAAUGUUGUCUCUUCGCAACAGUUAAAAGCUGUGCUUCAACGAGAGAAGAAGGUGUUUCGUGAUAUGCUCCUUGUCACCAUGGUACUGUUCGCUUCACUGGUACCAGGUAUGCUUGGUUCCGCUAUUAUGGAACACUUGGGAUAUUAUCGAGAGCUUGCACUUUUCCUCCCAUGGGCGCGGACAAUGUCACUUGCUCCUUCAACAAUUAAUCCUCUUAUUUACUUUGUUCGAAAUGAAUAUCUGCGAAAUGCAUUCAAGUCUAUGGUGAAGAUUUAG